AUGUACAUGAAAGCUGCUGUUUCUCAGGCUCACACAUGUCAGACUGCAUCCAAAUGUGACUUUGUGUGUGACUGCGAGGACUGCAGCGAUGAGUGGGACUGUGGCUACAGAGGGAAGGCGUUUGAGUGUGACUUUGAGGAUGCAGCGAUGUGUGGAUGGACUUCCAUGUCCUUGGAUGCAGAAUACACCUGGGAGAGGCGUCAGAGAGGUGACACGCUGCCCGUCAGUGGGCCGUCCUCUGAUUUCACCACCGGGACAGCUACAGGUUGGUUUAUGGGAGUGAGUGCAGUGAACACACAACAUCUCAGCACGGCAGUUUUAAUCUCUCCAGAGAUGCAACAGUCUGCACCUACAUGUCGUCUUCGCCUCAGAUAUUUCAUGUGGGAUUCAGACCACAAAGGACUGGGCGCCACUCCCCUGUGGGCAUCUGUCCUUCACCCGAGCAAUCUAGAAACCAAAGUGUGGCGUCCUGAGGCCACCAGUGUGCGUGGUUGGAGGGAGGACACCAUCUUUCUGGGCCGUAUUUCCACACUUUUUCGAGUCAAAAUUUACUCGCAGCGGUCUAAGGGACUAAGAGGAGAUGUGGCCAUAGAUCAGAUGGAGUUUCUGGACUGUGAUCUGCCCUCACCCAUCAGUGUUGGUAUGGAGUGUCCAGCAAGUGCAAUGGAGUGUAAUCGUGAGGGCUGCGUGGACCUACGGGACGUCUGUGACCUCACUGACAACUGCGGAGACAGGACUGAUGAGGACAGCUGUGGAGAGUACUAUCGCUGUGACUUUGAAGACGAGGGCCUGUGUGGUUGGGACCUGCGAUCAGUGUCCGAUCUGAAAUGGGUUAGGGCUUGUCAGGAAACCAUCUCCUUGAAUGAUCCUCUGAAAGGACCAGGCAGGGAUCAUACCAACAACACCGUAUCAGGUCACUUCCUUUACGUCACCGUUCCUGAUGGGGGUCUCAAAAUGGACUGGGCAUCUUUCCAAAGUCCACUUCUUGAACCCGCAAAUAGUUCAUAUCCUUGCAAGAUGGUGAUGUACACUCACCAGUUUGGGCCGAGGUCUGGUGGCCUGACAGUACUGGUGGCAGAUAAAAAAAUCUACCCAGUGUGGGAGAGGGCUGGAGCCUUGGGUGAUGUUUGGGUGAAAGCAGAGGUGGAGAUUGUCACUGACUCUCAUUUCCAUAUUGUAAUAAUGGCAGCUAUCAGGGACGAGGCUUAUGGAGGUAUUGCUGUCGACAGCAUUGUGUUGUCUCCUGAAUGCCGCAUAUCAGAAGAAAAUUAUACUAUGGCGGCAUUUCCACCUUCUCCUCAAGCACCGUGCACUACACCGGACAAGUUGUGCAAUUUCAACAGUGACUGUCCAGAAUCAGAGGAUGAAGCCAAAUGUGGGGAUUUCUCUUACGCUAGCGGAAGCUCAGGCUGGACUGAUAUUAGCAUUGGGAAUCAAGCUUGGAAUCUGUUCAAAAAUUCCACAAGCAAAGAGGAGUACCUGUUUGUGUACAAGGCCCCGGGCCAGCAGCUCACUGAAGCCCAAACACGGACCCCUCUCCUGGGACCCUCCGGCCCAGCCUGCACCCUCAGCUUUGAUUAUGCACUAACUGGAAAUCCAGCUCACAUUGGUGAGCUGUCAGUCCAGGUGAUUGACAGCUGGCUGGGCAAGCAGCCUAAGCUGUGGGAGUUCAGUGGGAAGACAGGAAAAGUGGAAGGGGUGUGGGAACAUGCUGAGGUAGUUAUUGGAGCCCGGAAGAAUCGCUUCCAGCUGUUGUUUGAAGCACGUGCAAAGAAGCUGUGUCCCUGUGCCAAGAUUAGAGUGCAAAACGUUCGCUUCGUCGACUGCCACGCUGAAUAUCUUCCAUCCUCUCCAACAAAGCUUUCAUGUAACUUUGAGGAAGGACUGUGUGGAUGGUAUCAGGACAACAGUGACAACUUUGACUGGACGAUGCUUAAAGGGAACGACCACACUGUCGGGACCGGAACAAGUCUUACUGUGAACAUGUGGAACCCAUCACUGCGUGGUGUGUUUGGACGUUUAUUCUCAUACCCGCAGGCACCAAGUACUACAGAGUACUGUCUGACCUUCUUCUACAAACUCUACGGGCCGAACACAGGUGUUCUGAAUGUGAAGCUGUUAGAUAAAGAUGGCUUUGAGAGCGUCCUCUGGACCCGCAGAGGAGCUCAUGGCAACAUUUGGCACGAAGCACAAUGCCCAGUUCCACAACAGCUCACAAAGUUUCAGCUGAUGUUUGAGGCGGUUCGCUCAGGCUUUGAUGGGCAGGUGGCCAUUGAUGACAUAGCGUUCGCUGCCAAGCCAUGCAGCGUGCCGAGCGUGUGUUCCUUUGAGGGUCAGAGGUGUGGGUUCACAAGCUCCGGUCAAGUUCGUUGGCGCCAUGGCAACGCAAGAACUGUACCUGGACCCAAAAAUGACCACACUCUAGAGACCGACCUGGGUUUCUACAUGAUGGUGAACACUGGAGCAGACAUCCUUCCCUCCGGCGUUACAUCAGUCCUCAGCUCUCCUCUUCGCCAUGGAACCGCCAAGACCGAGUGUGUCCAUUUCUGGUAUCACAUGGGUGGAGUGGAUCCUGGUUAUUUGACAGUAUAUGUGAAGAUGGUGAACGGAAAGAGGGUGAAGAUCUUCUCUAACAGUCUGGACCAGGGAGACGUCUGGCGCCAUGGCAACGGAAACAUCUCGACUGGCCUUGUGGACUGGCAGUUGGAGUUCCAGGUUGUGGGAGCCGGAGGCAAAAACACUCACGUUGCGGUUGAUGAUAUCUUCCUUGCAUCUCAUGCAUGUGAGAAUCGAGGUUCUAUGUGCAAUAUGGAGAGAGGGUUCUGCACCUGGAGCAACACUCAAGACAUCAAAAUGGAUCAACUGGACUGGGAGCUGACAAGUCACAAAGCAGAAAAGCACUACUUCACCCCCACUGAGGACCACACUCUGGGAACAGAGACAGGUCACUUCCUAUUCUUUCCAAGUAGCAACCGGACAGCAAUGAAUACAAAUGCUGAGCUGUUGAGUCCUCACCUGCCCCCAACCAUAGGCACUUGCCUGAGAUUCUGGGCCUACAGGUCGUCCACAUCGGACUGCAAACUGAACUUGUGGCGUCUGUCUGGAGGUCUUCAUGAGCAGCUGGCGGUGUUGAAUGAACUGGGAGGAGCGUGGCAGCGCUACGAUAUAAACAUUGUGUCUCCUAAGGAAUACCAGAUUGUGUUUGAAGGAAUCAAAGGCACAACAGGCUCUGUAGCUUUGGACGACAUUGAGUACACAGUCGGGGUCAACUGCGAUACGCAAGUCACAGAAGGAGGGCAAACCUCACAGGGAGACGAUACAGGAGGACUAGCAGCAUCCAUCAUCAUAGUCCUGCUGCUGAUUGGCACACUAGUCGGUGUGCUGGUUUACUACCUGAGAUACAGAGAGGGAAUGGCUUCAACUGUUCCAUUACAAUCAUCACCAUCAUCUCCUGGGGGUCGUGGUUUUAGUAAUGAAGGAUAUGAAUCAGACCUCACACAAGACCAUGUGGCGGUUCCAGAGGUGCAAAACCAUCCAAUGGAAGCAGGGUUCAUUAACAUCAAUAAUGUCUAUGAAACCCCUGCUGACAUGAAAGAGUUGGAGGUGGCAUGA